AUACAUACAUAAAACCGUAUGAGUGAGCCCCCGUGAUGAUGUUACCCAUAUCCCUAUAGCUUAAAGUUUACUCUGAAAAUACUCAAAAUAGUUGGUGCGUCGUGAAUAUCAGUGGUAGUUUGUUCCGAUUCUGCAAAGGAUCUUGGGAGGAAGGAGAAUUUGUAACAGUUAUUGACACCAUCUACAUCUAGCCAGCUGGGCCACUUUCGACAUCCCGAAAUCCCUACACAAGUUCUUGGAUUAGGCCCCACUCUGCGAUCUACUCUCGAGCUCAAGCAACACACACAUCUACCUGCAUGCUACUCAUGAUGCAGGACUCGGCUUACUCAUUGCUCCAUGCUCAGUGAGUAUGUGUAUAAACAGAGCAACGUUGGGACAGCUGAACAAAGGAGCAUGGAGGAUUCCAAACAUGAAGACCUGGAGUACUGGUGCGAGCCAUAUGAAAUGGAAGAUAAGACAAUCAAGAAAUUCUCUGGGAUACAUUCAUUGCAACUCCAGUCAAAGAGACCCAGUCUACAUCCUGAUCCUCAAAGAAGUGGCUUCAAAACAAAUGGACAGAAAGAUGUGUUGAGUGAUAAGCAUAGACAAUCAUUUGAAAGUGAUAAUGUCAAACAGCACACCAAUGCAUCAAACAUGCUAAAUGAAGAUCACAUGGAGAAAAAAGAAAUCAUUCCUCAAGGAAAGAGAAAAAACAAGAAGGGAAAGUCCCAAGAUCGUGCUACUCAGCGUUUCAUCAGAAAAGUGAAAGAAGGUCAAAUCUCACCAGAACAUCUCAGCUCCAGUAGUGAUUUAGAAGCCUUAUGUUCUCUAGGUGAACAUGUUCAACCAGAUAUUCAGCUAAAACAAUUGAAUGUAGAAGCAGGCAAAGGCAGCCCAUAUUUGGCGUGUAACAUAGGUCAGGAAUCUCAGCCCAAGCUAAUACAUGAUCCAUGUUAUCCAUCCAACUCUGGAUUGUGUGGCUUAGGGCCAAGCAUCACACACAAUGCUUAUGUUUUGCAAUGGUUACAACAGCAAACAAAUCAAUCUGAAAGUAAGCAGUUUGGAUGUAACAUGCAUGCAACAAAUGCCCAAGGAGAUUCUUGUCAUCAGGCAUUUCGAGCUACUUCUACUGGCCACUUAUGCCCUACACACAGCAGCCCAUUGCAUCUAGCACAGUCCUCUCACAGUUGUACACAUACGCCUCCUGGUAAGCAAGAUAUGACCUGUGAACUCAUGAAUAUUAUUCAACAAGGCACACUGCAGACGCCUUCCUACCUCCUUCAACCACCUGAAGAUUUCCAAACUAUGCCUUGCCAGAAACAUCAGGUACCUAUCACCCCUGAUGCACAGUCUUUUCUGGCCAUGUUACAACAUAAGCCAGACAUUGCAGCCACUCCUUGUAGUCAUCAUUCAGACAUUACUCCACCAAGAAAGAAAGGUCAUGGUUGUAUUCCAGCGAGUAAUAGUAGCCCUUGCAUGAAUCAUUUCAAACACAGUUUGCCACACAGUGGCCAGACAUGUACAAUUAACAGUCCACAACACACAGCUUGUCUACCAACAAACCAUUGUCCCACGUGUGUACAGCAAACUUCUCCCAUGCGCAGCUUCAAUGUCAAUCCACAGUGUUCUUUGGAACAGGCUGCAAUGAUCUUGCAUCAGAGUCAACUACAUCACAGCCCAUUGAAUCUCAACUCUGGAAGCCUACACGUUUGUCAUGGUAGCCCAUACAGGCAGGAGGCACUGGAUCAUGGUGUAGUUUAUAAAAGCCCAGCAACUUCAUCUCGACAUCUAGAAGACACUUUGAUGUCGACAAUGAGUCCUUUGUGCAACAUCAGUCCAGAAAAGAGGAGAGGUACAAUGGAAGAAAAACAAGCCAGCACUGAUAGCCUGCCACCAAUUGGGGUAUUUUGGGAUAUUGAAAAUUGUGCUGUUCCCCGUGGAAAAUCAGCACUGGCCGUUGUUCAGAGUAUCAGAGAUAAAUUGUUUACUGGUCACAGAGAAGCAGAGUUUCUCUGUGUUUGUGACAUUAAUAAAGAGAGUGCUACCGUUAUACAGGAACUCAAUGAUGCUCAGGUAACCGUUGCACACAUCAAUGCAACAGCUAAAAAUGCAGCUGAUGAUAAACUGAAGCAAAGUCUUCGUCGCUUUGCUGAUACUCAUAACCCACCAGCUACAGUUGUACUUAUAUCAGGUGACAUCAACUUUGCACGUGAUUUAUCUGAUCUUCGUCAUCGCAACAAUCUACGGGUGAUUUUAGUUCAUCGAGAUGAAGCAUCUGAAGCCCUGAAGGCAUGUGCCAACCAGACUAUUGCAUAUCAAGACAUUGUCCAUGAGUUACCAUUUAGAUCACCCGCUAAGACGGUCUCUGAAAGUAAUACACUGAUUGUGCACAACCUUCCAUCUCGCAAGGAUGUCAGCCAGCUGCGCAAUCGUCUGAAGCAAUUAUCUGAUAACUGUGGUGGUAAAGUACUUCAUAUGUCUUAUAAGAAUGCUGUCAUACAGUUUCCUAAUGCAGAAAAAGCUAGCAGGGCAAAGAUCAGACUGGAGGGCGAGAAUGUAUUUGGCAGUAAAAUCUCUGUUGCAUAUCCCAAGAACAAAAACCAGUCACAUAACCUCCAUACCAUAUCACCAAGCAGGGUCAACAAAAAUUCACCAUGCCAUGUAGAUGCUAGACAGGAAGAGGUGACUACCUCCAGUAUUGAAGGUGAAGAUGAGCAAGUGGAGGAUGCAUGGCAACAGGAACAAGUGAGAUUGUCAGUGUCGGCCAACGUCCGCAGUUUGAGUCAUCUUCACGUGCAACAGUUUCAGGAAAACUCUCAUCAUCUGGAGAGUGACGAAGAUCAGUUAGCUCAGAAAACCUCAGCAACCAGAAUAGCAGCAGCAUUUAAACCCAUACAGCCCGAUCAAAUACAUGGCAUUCAAACUGUAAAUGCAGAUGAACAAAGCAAAACAAUUGUUGAAAUCUGGCCAAAGAAUAAAUUGAUAGAUGCCCGAGAUAUAGGGGAUUCAAAUUGUUCAAGACAAACAAGUCCAGGGGGUAUGCCAAAGUGGAAUUGGCCAUCAUCUCUGAUUUUCAACCAGCAUACCACAUCAUUAAGCAAGGGACAACAGUCAAAGGCUGAAAGCGAAAUCACACCAGGAUUACUUCCUUUCAAACCAGUUCCAACUGUACAGCGCCUUCCAACCCCACCACCGGGACAGACAAUUUGGAACAAAGGGGAACAUGAUCGAGUUAGCCAGUCUCCAUCAUUGAGAGGAGUAUACCGACCACCAUCACCUAUGCUUGCCAAUCCUAUAGGUGAUUGGCAAUACAUGGCCAACCAGGAUGUUGAUAAUGGUGUCAGGAAGGGAGCAGAGUUAUUGAUCACUAAUUUGGACAAUAAGAUGUCAAGAAAAGAUCUCAAGCAUCACUUGCUAGCCAAACUCAGUGAUCAUUGUAAGGUUCUUCACCUUAUCUUUGGUGGUGCAAUACCUGGACGCUACCAGGCCGUUGUAAGAGUACCUAGUAUCCCCGAUGCAAUCAGAGCCAUGGCUCACAUCAAUAGAUACCAGAUUGGAACCAGACUACUACAUGUCACACUCUUGCUUCCCAGUGAUUCAAAUGCAGAUAAAUUGAGGCUGAUGAUAAUUCCAAUGCUUCAAGAAAUUCCAGGAAUGUGUCUUCCACUUUGUGAUGUCAAAACGUCAUUUGAACGCAGAUACAGACAGGUUCUGUAUGUGAAUGACCUGUACCAGAUACCGGACACCCUGACAAUACGUGACACACCAGUGGGUAAGGUUGUAGCAUUAACUACCCAUAGUAGACCUAACUCACCUAACUCAUCAGGCUUUAGUUCACCGGUAGGCUACCAGUCACCACUACCAUUCUACAUACAUAGGAACCUUACCGUGGACUCGUGUGAGGAAUUGUGUUCUCUUCAUGACCAGCGUGAAUCAAGAGACUACAGGAAUCUGACUCAGGAUUCAUUCGUCAUUGUAUCACUCAAGACGUUCUCAGCACAGGUUCACUCGCUGCUUCAGAUACAUCAUGGAAAGAUGCCGCUUAUCAGUUUUAUGGAAUGUUUUGCUGCCGAGUUCUCUGCUUUGACUGAGAGUUACGAUACAGGAGUACCACUUGAACAUCUCCUUACAUGUAUCCAAGGUGUACAAGUAGGACUCAGUCAAGAUGGACACAAAACAGUGUGUUGGGAAAAGAGGAAAGUAGAGGAAGAUUUUCCAGUUGGAAUCCGGAGUGCCACACCUCUGCUACCUCCGCAGCUUUUUCAGUUCAGUAAAGAGGCAGUGGAACUUCUGAAACAUACCCCAAAAUGUCGACUUCCUUUCUCAAAGUUCAUUCCAAGUUAUCAUCAUCAUUUUGGCCGUCAGUGUCGUGUAGCUGAUUAUGGAUUCCUCAAACUUAUUGAACUCUUCGAAGCUAUAUCACAUGCUUUACAGGUUCUUGGAAUGACGGAGAACAAGCUGCUAACACUGACACACCGUAUUCAGACCAAACGCUUCUCACAAGACUUACUCAAGGUGCUUAAGUCACAGGCCAGCAAACAGAUGACACUGCAGGAGUUUCCAUCUGCAUAUGAAAGAUGCUUCAAUAAACCAUGGAAUGUAAUAGACUAUGGAGUAUGUGAUAUCCAUGACUUACUUGCAGAGGUCCCUGAGAAUAUGGCCAUGAUAAGUUGGAAUGGAGAAAACACACUAGUCUUCAUACCAAAGAGAGAGCAAACAAAAGAAGAGCUUAUUCGUAUGCGUAAGUUCAGCAUGGAGAUUGAAGAGCUUCUGUCCUACCAGCCUCGCUUUGGGAUGUUGUUUUCAAAGUUCAUUCCAGCAUUUCAUCAUCACUUUGGCCACCAGUGUCGUGUUGGGGACUAUGGCUUUAAUAAGCUCAUUGAGCUGUUGGAAGCACUACAAGAUAUUAUUCAGGUUGAGGAGCAGGGCGAUGAACGUGUCGUCAAACUGACUAGGAAUGAGCAGUUAGCACUCCUUGCUCACCGUACUUCUGAAAUGUUGCAGGCAAACCGUCUUCACCUCAUCAAUGUUGCGGUGUUCCAUGAGUUGUAUGUCAGAUCCUAUACUUAUUCUAUUUGCUUCAAGGACUUGGGCGUCAACAACCUAGAGGAGUUAAUGGCUUUAUUUCCUCGUGUUGUUGAGAUCGUCAGUGAUGGUGCUGAGAAACGCUUGCAUUUGGUGGAGAAAAUGCAACUAAGCCAGUUAGCUCAACAGGUUCUUGUUGUUUUUCUUGAAUCUACUGGAGGACGACUACUUAUCAAUGACAUUACACAUGCAUACCAACAAGUGUGGCAUCAACAGUUGCUUCCAAUGGAAUAUGGACACAGCAGAUUGCUCACACUUAUGAAGAACCUUCAUUACAUUCUCAAGGUGAAGAAUGAAUGGAUGGAUGAUUGCUAUAUAGAGCUGACCCUUGUACAUGAGUUUGCACACAAAGUUCGCAAUGUGCUGAUCCAAAACAACCGUCUGAGUAUGACCUGUCAAGAGUUAGUGACCAAGUACCAAAGCUUGUAUGGUGUACAGCUUGAGCCAACAGACUACGGACAUACAACAUUAACUUCUCUGAUUGGAACAGUACCUAGAGUGCUAUCGAUAGUCAGUAAAGGCGCCAGGCAAGCAGUUACUCUCAAUCCAAGCUGCCUUGCUCCUCCUGGGCCAACUGAAGUAGAAGACACUAACAAACUAAGAAGGCUUAGUGAUCAAGGAGUGUUUAUUCGUAAAGUAGACCAGCAUAAGCCAGCAUCUUUGACAAUACCUACUAUGGACAGUCAGGGGAAGUGCCUGACUAUAUCUGAUAAAGCAGUCGCUGAUAGACGCAGUACACUGUCCACCCCCUCAGAUGAAUCCAAGACCCCAAGACUAUCAACAAAUAAAAGCAGAGGACGCUGCCAGCUUGCUGCAAACUUUACAGCUAAGGAGGAAGUAUAGUAGACUCUUCACAGCCAG